AUGAAAAUACAUGGAAAGAAGGCAAGGCCGCUCACCGCUGAGGGAUUAAGUGAUAGAACAAGAUUAGUAUCUGUAAAGCCCCAACAUAGUCCAUGGUGCAGUACAGUGUGUAACCGUUCUUGCAUGUCCGUCCUGUUUUCCCAAAAUUACACUCAUGUUUCAGAUAUAUGUUUUUAUUGUGCCAGAAGAUUCCAUAACCCCGUCUGAAAAUGUGAAGGGUGCCUAUUGGCCUAGUUAGUCAUUCUGCGUUUAUUCGUACAUCUUUGUGUAAUGCUAAAUCUUAACUGCUUUCAGUCAUUUCAACUUGCAGAUGAGACUGGUUUCAGUCAGGUACCCUCUAAAUUGAAUGCCCAUCAACAUUAGCAGUCAGGAAGUACGGGGCUACUCUGUGUGACUUCUCUCAGUAAAGGAAUUAUUAUAGGGACGAGAGAAUGAAAAACAUGGCAACUACAAUACUAACCUGACAGACGCUACUACGUUAUAAUUACAUUUCUAGAAGGGGAUAUGAAAAAAGUAUAAAAGUGCUUUGUUGACUUAUUAAUUGUAGGUAUUUGUUCACUAAAAACCAAAGUGCAGUGAAUUUAAAACAGAAGUUUAGGCUAAAAUAAGCAAGCUGGGACUUAGCUGAGGAGGGUAGUGUUUUCAAAUCAGCUAUUCCCCAUUGUACAGCGCUACGGAAUAUGCUGGCGCUAUAUAAAUAAUAAUAAUAAUAAUACAUUUAGCAUUUUGGUUUCAGGUUUAAUAGUUUGGUGUUUAGUAAAUGACCCCUCCCGCCCUGCUCUUUACAUAUCAUAUCAUAUAACUUUACAGUGGCUUUGCGUUCAGCCAAAUGGAUGAAUUCCUGGGCGUUAUCUUAAUAUGUUUGGCUAAGUUUAUGUUGCCAAAUUAACCCUUUUAUGACUUGGAAUAAUGUCUACAGUGGUACAUUGCAAAUCUCUUCACCGCCAGCAGUUCAAGAUUUAGGAAAGAAGAUUGGUAUAAAAUUAGAAAUUAUCUUUUCAGGAUCACCCAUAUGUACCUAAAUCCAAUGUUACAAAGACAUCUCCAUUUUGGGUUUUUGUCCUUGUAGUCGUUAAGUUGAAACAGCAUUUGUUUACUUUUCAGAAGCGUUUCAUGGAGGGGGGGUUCCAUCGGAAACUUCAUGGUUCUAUAUAAACUCUUGUGGCGUGCAACAAACCCUGAUAUUAGAUCAGCAAAAAUGAAUGCUAGAUUAUAAGGACAUGCUGUGAUUGUUAGAUAAUGCUGAGGGGAAAAUAAGACAAAUUCUUUGCAAUGCAAAAGCAAUAUUCUCUUUGUCAGAGUACUCUAGUUUCAUCAUAAAGUUCCUUUUACUUCCAGAAAAAAAAAGUUAUUUUUUUUUAUAAUGAAGUUGUGUUUAUACAGAGACGGUGAUUUAGAAAAUAAUGAUCUGUAUCAGCCAAGAUCUGCUCAGAGAACUUUGUGAACAUUUCACUCACAAUUUUUGUUGUUUCCAACAAAAUACACAGUUUAGCCUGGGAGAGAUGUUUUACGAGACGUGGUUUUAUGCAGUAUGAGAAAUCCUUCUGACGCAGUUUGAAUCGCGCAACAACCAUUGGCAGCAAAAAACAUAGAGUUAUGAGUCUGAAAGCUUAGUUAAGAGAGGACUCAUUUCCAGUGUUGUCAUAAAAUGUUACCGAAAAGCUAAAUGGGUGUUGCUGACGUCAGCCAUUAGCAGCUGUUUCCAUACUGCAAAAUGUUACCAAUUGUGAUUCGUGAUUCCCAGCCGACGAGUUUUCAUAAACCAAAACGGUGAUUGCACUCACGCCACAGCAUUAAAUAAAGGUACUUGGUGCUUCCAAAUCCAGAGGUGGUGAACCCCCACCAAUUAUCUAAAGAAUGUAAAGAGGGUGCAGGCACAUAAAAUAUCUUAAAGUGCAGACUUUAACAGAAGCAAUCCGCCUGAUAACGUUUCUGCCUCCAACAGUGGCCUUCGUCACUUUGUCUAGUUUCCCAUAGAGAAUAAUAGGAGACAUUAAAAGAAGCUUUCUAUGCUAGACUUACUAUAUCACUGAAAAUAGAUUGUAAGCUUGUGGGCUACCUAACUAAUCCCAUGAGCUUACAAUCAAUUAACUAUGUAUAAAAGAGCUUCAAUGGUUAGAUCUCAGCUUAUGAGCAGGGCCCUCUUUAGCCUUGGUAUUUUUCUGUGUAUAUUGUAUGUUGUCCCCUAAUUGUACAGCGCUGCAGAAUAUGUUGGCACUUUAUAGAUGCCAGUAAUAAAUAAAUAAAAAUAAAACCUGCCUCAGCUAGGUAUAAAGACAAAACAGCACAUUAAAAACUGCAAGCUUUCAAUACAUCCUGUAGGAAAAAUACAUGUUCACACCAUCUAUAAAAGUGUAUGUGAAUACAAAGGACUGAUGUCAUAUAAGAUAUGUAUCAGGUUCUGUAACUGUUCUGUGACAACCGUGCUCAGACUAUGGCAGGUAGAGUGCACAUACACAGCAUGAGCCGUUUAAAUCCUUAAAUUGUGGUUGCUAUGGUAGUGACUUAGAAAUCACACCUUUACUGCUUUACAUUCGCUAAUAGGUGAACGCUGAGACACGCAUGCUAUCUGCAGGGUGGAUAUUUGUAGUGGUAGGCUGAAAAACACACACCUGAAGUUUGACAACCUAGUUCGUAUUUUUGGGUGCAAAUAGCUAGUAAGAGCGUCUUUACCUAAUAACUGCUAUAUUUCACAUACAGGCUUUCCUAAUAACUGCUUUAUUUAACAUAUAGGCUUUCCUAAUAACUGCUUUAUUUAACAUAUAGACUCUCCUAAUAACUGAUUUAUUUAACAUAUAGGCUCUCUUAAUAACUGCUUUAUUUAACAUAUAGACUCUCCUAAUAACUGCUUUAUUUAACAUAUAGGCUUUCCUAAUAACUGCUUUAUUUAACAUAUAGGCUCUCCUAAUAACUGCUUUAUUUAACAUAUAGACUCUCCUAAUAACUGCUUUAUUUAACAUAUAGGCUUUCCUAAUAACUGCUUUAUUUAACAUAUAGGCUUUCCUAAUAACUGCUUUAUUUAACAUACAGGCUCUCCUAAUAAUUGCUUUAUUUAACAUAUAGGCUUCCUAAUAACUGCUUACAAUAUAUAGACCUCCUAAUAACUGCUUUAUUUAAUAUAUAGGCUUUCAAUAACUGCUUUAUUUAAAUAUAUAGGCUUUCCUAAUAACUGAUUUAUUUAACAUAUAGGCUUUCCUAAUAACUGCUUUAUUUAAAUAUAUAGGCUCCUAAUAACUGCUUUAUUUAAAUAUAUAGGCUUUCCUAAUAACUGAUUUAUUUAACAUAUAGGCUUUCCUAAUAACUGCUUUAUUUAAAUAUAUAGGCUCUCCUAAUAACUGCUUUAUUUAACAUAUAUAGGCUCUCCUAAUAACUGCUUAUUUAAAUAUAUAGACUCCUAAUAACUGCUUAUUUAACAUAUAGGCUCUUAAUAACUGCUUUAUUUAACAUAUAGGCUUUCCUAAUAACUGAUUUAUUUAACAUAUAGGCUUUCCUAAUAACUGCUUUAUUUAACAUAUAGGCUUUCCUAAUAACUGCUUUAUUUAACAUAUAGGCUCUCCUAAUAACUGCUUUAUUUAACAUAUAGGCUCUCCUAAUAACUGCUUUAUUUAACAUAUAGACUCUCCUAAUAACUGCUUUAUUUAACAUAUAGGCUUUCCUAAUAACUGCUUUAUUUAACAUAUAGGCUUUCCUAAUAACUGAUUUAUUUAACAUAUAGGCUUUCCUAAUAACUGCUUUAUUUAACAUAUAGGCUCUCCUAAUAACUGCUUUAUUUAACAUAUAGGCUUUCCUAAUAACUGAUUUAUUUAACAUAUAGGCUUUCCUAAUAACUGCUUUAUUUAACAUAUAGGCUCUCCUAAUAACUGCUUUAUUUAACAUAUAGGCUCUCCUAAUAACUGCUUUAUUUAACAUAUAGACUCUCCUAAUAACUGCUUUAUUUAACAUAUAGGCUUUCCUAAUAACUGCUUUAUUUAACAUAUAGGCUUUCCUAAUAACUGAUUUAUUUAACAUAUAGGCUUUCCUAAUAACUGCUUUAUUUAACAUAUAGGCUUUCCUAAUAACUGCUUUAUUUAACAUAUAGGCUUUCCUAAUAACUGAUUUAUUUAACAUAUAGGCUUUCCUAAUAACUGCUUUAUUUAACAUAUAGGCUCUCCUAAUAACUGCUUUAUUUAACAUAUAGGCUUUCCUAAUAACUGAUUUAUUUAACAUAUAGGCUUUCCUAAUAACUGCUUUAUUUAACAUAUAGGCUCUCCUAAUAACUGCUUUAUUUAACAUAUAGGCUCUCCUAAUAACUGCUUUAUUUAACAUAUAGACUCUCCUAAUAACUGCUUUAUUUAACAUAUAGGCUUUCCUAAUAACUGCUUUAUUUAACAUAUAGGCUUUCCUAAUAACUGAUUUAUUUAACAUAUAGGCUUUCCUAAUAACUGCUUUAUUUAACAUAUAGGCUUUCCUAAUAACUGCUUUAUUUAACAUAUAGGCUCUCCUAAUAACUGCUUUAUUUAACAUAUAGGCUCUCCUAAUAACUGCUUUAUUUAACAUAUAGGCUUUCCUAAUAACUGCUUUAUUUAACAUAUAAGCUCUCCUAAUAACUGCUUUAUUUAACAUAUAGACUCUCCUAAUAACUGCUUUAUUUAACAUAUAGGCUUUCCUAAUAACUGAUUUAUUUAACAUAUAGGCUCUCCUAAUAACUGCUUUAUUUAACAUAUAGACUCUCCUAAUAACUGAUUUAUUUAACAUAUAGGCUUUCCUAAUAACUGCUUUAUUUAACAUAUAGACUCUCCUAAUAACUGCUUUAUUUAACAUAUAGGCUUUCCUAAUAACUGAUUUAUUUAACAUACAGGCUCUCCUAAUAACUGCUUUAUUUAACAUAUAGGCUCUCCUAAUAACUGCUUUAUUUAACAUAUAGACUCUCAUAAUAAUUCCUUUAUUUAACAUAUAGACUCUCAUAAUAAUUCCUUUAUUUAACAUAUAGGCCAUUUGUGAUCAUCAUCGUGUGUGUUCAGUACUAGAAAUAUGUUAACUGACUGUCCUUUAAUCUCUAAUGCCAGACAGCUCUCAGAUUUAUCUCUUAAUAAAAUGUGCUAUUUACUACGGUACUCGCACUGUGAUGGUAACAGCCGUGCCAGCCUCACCCUCAUACAGUCUCUCCUUUUGUGUUUUCAUCUUAACUUUGGUAACUCUUUGGUAUCUUGUUUUUUUGUCGCUUUCCCUCCUGCCAUACUUUCCCAUUCAAAUUCCAUUACCUUAAUUAAUGCUAGCAGCCAAUGGGUUGGAAAAUCAUUUCCAGAUGAAAGAAUUAGACCAGCUUUUACCUGGCACAGCUUUUUCCAUGCUAAAAACAAUAUAAUGUGAUCUGACUAUAGUUUCUGCAAGCAGACACAGGAAGGUGAUUUUAGAACCUUUUGGAGAGAUGUAACAGUUUGAACCAGUUUAACAAUGUUGUGGAUUUAAGAUUAUGUAUCUGUCAUUCUUAGAUCGCCAUAAAUGAACAGUCCUCAAUUAAAUUAAGCAAUUUUUUUCAAAACAUUUUAAUACUAUAUGUAAUUAAAAUAUAUAUAUAGAAUUUAAAAUUGUGAUGAUCAUUUAAGCAGUUAAUGUGUUUUCCUAAUAAUAAUAGACCUUUUCAUAAACCUGACAAUUAGGUGCUUGUUUUGUAGACUAAAUCAUGGAAGACCUUCUUCACAAUGGUGCAUUGGUCCCUUCGACGGCAGAAUUCAUGGGUGCAGCUGGCUGGGCACGAAGGUAGGAUUGGAAAAAGAAAAUGUGUUCCUUAUUUUGAUAGGUUUUACAGAAAGAAAUGUAUGAUUUUCAUACAACCGGUGUUACAUACAGGCAUGGAAUAAAAUAUUAAUACACCUCGAUCCUAGUUUCUAAAGUUCAACGAUGCAUAAGAGGAAAAUGCAUAAAUCCCUCUUGGUAUGAAAAUGACUACAAGAUUUUUAAAAUAUGUACAUCUCCUGUACAUGUUGUGAUCUGUAGUAGUGAAGUUCGUGAUGGACCCAGCUUAAUGUAGUUGUUCUGGUGUUUAUACCAUGUCCCUGAAGGCUUUUUAAUGUAAACUCUGCCUUUUAAUUGUGAUUGGCUGAGAUCAUCAAUUCUGAUAAUGGCAGCCAAGGAGGCUGUUCGAGGGCAGGGCCAGCACUCGCAGAUUUAAACUGCUCUGGAAAUAAGGUGAGUUUUUUGGUAUUUAAGUGGGACAUGGGGGGCCAGGGGGCUUGUGUGUUUUGUUUUUUUUACAAUAUAGGCUUAGGAAUAUACCUUUGUGUUCCUGACCCUAUAGUGUUUCUUUAUUGCUGAGGGGUUGAUUUGGUGACUGGAUAUUAAAUGUGUUUCCAGAAUGUUUGUCUGAGCUAGGCUGCAUAAAGUUUGGUAAUUUUCUUGUAAUGUUGACUGUACAUCACCUUGCAUUCAUUCACCUGUGGGUUUGAUGAUGCAAUGUUUAGAACUACUGAAAUGUAUUGUCUUUUUAAGUAUCUCUUAUUCUAUCUUAUGUAUAUGAAGGAGUGGAACAUAGACUUAAUGUUACUCUUAUAUCUUCAGACAGAUGUCUUUCGUAAGUACUUAUACUCAUUUUUUGGUUCAUUGGUAUUCUGCUCUCUAGACCAUUCCUUUGGCUAUCUGGGGGACAUGGGCUGCUAUUGAUCUUAUCGAUAAUAUUUAUUAGUGUAGAAUGUCUCCAGGGUGCCUGUGAAAUUGUUGGCACUGAUGGUGAGCAGGUACACCUAAAUGGUUUCUCGGUUAUUUUCUUGCCCAUCACGAUGUUUCUGCUGGUGGUGGUGAUCAUGAAGGUGGUAGGAAAUGGUUAUUGUUACCGGGGUAUGUGUGUGGUUGGAGAGGUACUGAAAAGUGUUGUAGGUUGGACUAAUGCCAGAAAUGGUAAUCUGCAGAAACCUCAUCUGCUAGUUUUGUUGUCCAAUAGAAGAUAUUCACACCUAUUAAUAGGUAAGCAACUGGUUUAGGUAUUGUAAACAUAUCCAGCUUAAACAAAAAAGAUGCAUUUUGCUUAUGAAUUAGAUUAUGAUCAUAUCUUUAGUUUUGUGUAACAAAUAAUUCAUUGUGCUGAACUGUAAUAGGAUGUUGCCUGAUGCAGCUCUUAUAAUGUAAUACCGAAUGGGUCACAUGCUCAUGGCAAUAUGGAUCAUAGCUAGAAAUACUUAAAAAUAUGGUAGACCUAGCAACACAAUUUUCUCAUGAACCUGUUAAUGAAUGUUUGCUAAACCAAAUUAUUAUUAUUAUAUUUGCCCUCUUUGUCAGGUAACUUCAAGGCAAGUGAGCGAGGCCACAUCUUGAAAAAGUUCAGUCCUGUGGAAAACGCUUGUCUGGAAGCACUAAUGCAGGAUGCCCUCAAGCCAUAUGUACCCACCUAUCAUGGCCAGGUGGAGAGAGAGGGUCAAAAGUAUAUCAAGAUGGAGGACCUCCUGAAAGGACUGGAAGGGCCUAGCAUUAUGGACUGCAAAAUGGGUAUAAGGUGAGGACUAUUCUGCAGUUAUUCUUAAAGGAGCUCUAUAGUGACAUAUAUUCCUGUCACUAUAGCUGUGGGAAAAUUUUUUUUAGCUUCCCGCCCCCCCGUCAGCAAAGUAAAAGGUGAUUUACUCACCUUUAUUCUUGUUCCAUGCGGGUCUCCUUGUGGCUGGCCCCGUCCCAGCUCUGCCUCCUUGGCUGAUAUCAUCAAAGCAGUGGGAGGCAAACCGUCACGCUGUACCAAUCAGCAUCUCCUCAUAGAGUUGCAUUAAAUCAAUGCACAUUGUGCAGAACUGACCCAGAAAACACAUCUAGUGGCCGUCUGAUUGAAUGCACCUAGAGGAGUUCCUAGGCAGUAAUGUAAACACUGCCUUUUCUCUUAAAAGGCAGUGUUUACAUGAAAAGGCCUGCAGGGACAUACUAUAUACACCAGAACAACUACAUUAAGCUGUAGUUGUUCUGGUGACUAUAGUGUCCCAUUAAGCCAUUUUGUCUGUGCCUGAAAUAUUUAUGAAUAUCCUUUGAAUCGGUUAUUUUUCCAGGCAAUAUAUGCCAUUAAUAACUCUUCAAUUUCCUACAGUUAGGACAACAGGAAAGAGUGAUCAGAAACCCACAGCCACACAAUCCCAUUUAAUAUUGAGAUUUAUGUCUGUUCUGUAGGACAUACCUUGAGGAGGAACUUGAGAAGGCCCUACUGAAACCUACCCCACGCAAAGACAUGUAUAACAAGAUGGUGAGUAUUGAUCCGUCUGCCCCCACAAGUGAGGAGAACGAUCUGAGAGCCAUCACCAAGCCUCGCUACAUGCAGUGGAGGGAGACUGUAAGCUCCACAGCAGAGUUAGGUUUCCGUAUCGAAGGUGUCACGGUGAGUGUUAUCAUUUUUCAUUACAUAUUUAUUAUACAUAAUGGCCAGUAUAAACAAAUGUCCAGCUUGUAGCCUUAUUGUUUGAAAUUACUAUUUGAUAUACAUGUUUUCAUUAGUUUGAUGGGGUCCUAUGGAUCUUCUCCUACAUGGUGGGAUGGGACAAAAAAGUGACAAAUUUAUCUAUUAAGAGCCUAAUGAUUAACUCUAUUAUUGUUCAUCACGUAUGACUUUUUCAUUAUGUCUUAUGACUUGCAUAAAACUCUCAUUCUGUGUUCAUACUUUCCAUCAAUGCGAAAUGUCUGAAACACCCAGAUGGUGAUUUACCCCUCCCCCCCCCCCCAGGCUUGUCUCCUGGGUAUUCUUAAUGUUGUGAGUUUAAGGGUGUGGUGAUGAAUGAUGUGCUUACACUUUGCUGUGCCUAACAGAUUGAGGGAGGACCCGUUAAGAAAGACUUCAAGCAAAUGAAAAGCCGAGAAAAUAUCAUGGAGACAUUCAUCAUAUUUACCAAGGGACAGGAGAAUAUUUUGGUAAGGCACUCGAUUUCACAGAUAACCUCUGUCACUUGACAGUGCAUACCCUGCGUUAUAAACCUGUUGUCCUGCAGGCCUCGCACAAACACAAACCAGGUCAUUCAGUAGAGUGUGAUUUGUCUGAAUUUCAAAUGCUAGGCAAAAAUAAAUAA